CUUCUAUUAAAGUAUUCGACUUCUAAUAGUGAGACAACGAAGAGGAGAGGGGGACAGAGGGGAAGAGAGAGAGAGAGAGGGAGCGAUAGCGAUAGCGGCCCGUAAUCGGAUCCCCUUCCGCCCCCUUUCCUCGUUCUCCCCUCGGGCCUUGGCCCCCGAGCGCCGACGUCGAAUCAGGUUCUUUUGAACUUUGGAAGAGAUGGAGACAAAUGGUGCAAGUGAAGUAACUACAUCACAUGUUGAUGUUACCGAAGAUUCUGAGACUACAGUCGAGAUAAAAAUUAAAACUUUGGAUUCUCAUACAUACACUUUGCGAGUGAAUAAGUGUGUACCGGUUUUAAUGCUGAAGGAGCAAAUAGCUACUGUCACUGGUGUAGUAUCAGAACAACAGCGUCUAAUCUGUCGCGGGAAGGUUUUGAAAGAUGAUGAACUCCUCUCUGCAUAUCAUGUGGAAGAUGGUCACACACUGCAUCUGGUUGUUAGACAACCACAUCAAUCGUCAUCAUCACCACCAACAGGUCACGUGGGAUCUGAAGGUGCAUCAGCCAAUCCAGCUGCUAAUUCUUCUUCGAGUAUUGCUCACAACCGUGGCAGUCAUGUCGCUCGUAGUAUUGUAUUUGAAGCUGUCAAUAUAGAUCAAGGAGAUAAUCGCACUUCACACCUUAGUCGGUUUAUUUCUAGUAUCCUGAGUUCGAUUGGGACAACAAAUACUGCAUUCCAGAACCCAAGGAAUGAUCUUAGGGAAACUGGUGGGAGAACAUCUGGCGACACUGGGCUUCCAGAUCCCGUGCAAUCCAAUCCCAACCCUUCUAGUUCAAGGGUUGAGGUUGACUCACAACAGAGUCCUCUUCGUUUUCAAUCUGUAUUUCCCUUGGGAUCUCAGCAGCCAAUUGUCAUUCCUGAUUCUUUGACCACUAUGAAUCAGUAUUUAGGAGUUAUAAGGGAUGAUUUCAGGAGGGAAGGGAUCAGCACUAAUGGAAGGGAGCAAACUAAUGAUGCAGCAGCUGCUGGAAUGAAUAGUAUUGAUGUGCAAAAUCAUGAUUUUCUGUCUCCCCCGCCUAGGCAGGGUGGUCUGCCAAGUCCAGCAUCUUUAGCAGAAAUUGUGCUCUCUACGAGACAACUGCUUAUGGAUCAGGCUGGAGGAUGCUUAUCUCAACUUGCAGGACAUCUUGAGGAUCAUGUUAGUGUAACUGAUCCCCUGACGCGGAUGGACCUUCAAUCAAGUGCAAUCAGAUCUGGAGUAAUAUUAAGAAACUUAGGCUCGUUACUUCUUGAGCUUGGUCGUACAACCAUGACAUUGCGCAUGGGUCAAACACCAUUGGAAGCUGUGGUGAAUGCUGGACCAGCGGUUUUUAUCUCUGCAUCUGGGCCAAAUCCUCUGAUGGUUCAGCCUGUUCCCUUUUUCCCUGGGUCAAGCUUUGGUGGGACACCAUUUGGAGAACCACCUGCUUCUGCAUUUAUUCCUAGGAAUGUUGACAUCCGUGUCCGCACAGGUGGUCGUGCAGUACCUGUUACCAAUGCUAACUUGGGCGAACAGGCUGGUGCACAGCCACCGCAAGAGCAAACAGAUCCAACAAGAAAUCCGUCUACUGCCAAUUCUGUUAAUCAAGCAUUUUCAGGGAUUUCAAGUACUACAUCUUUUGCUGGAGAAUCUGGAGUGCGGGUAGUCCCAAUAAGAACAGUGGUUGCAGUACCUACUGGCCAUUCCCCCUCAGAUUCUUCUGGUAGUGCAGUCGGGGUAAUCUAUCCUCUACUUGCCAGAAUUCAACAUGUGAAUAGUGCGAAUGCAAAUAAUGCAAGAGGUUCUCGAGCAUCCAAUGAACCCAAUCAGUCUCACCCUAAUAUAAAUCAGCCAAAUCUUGAAUCUGCAAUGCAAAACCAAUCUCCUGCAAAUUCUGCGCCUGUAGUUUCUUGGAUAAAUCCUUCAGCAAAUGAAUUACCUAGCUACCAAGGGUCAUCGCCGGUUUCCAUUGCAAGCCAACAGGCGCCACCUGCUAGUAGUAGUGAGAGCAACACCCAGGCUCAUGUUGAGCCGCAAGUUGGCCAAGGCCCUAUGUCUCAGUUCUUAAACAGAGUGGACGAGUGGCUUAGGACAGCACUUUUAUCUGGAGAGCAAGUUCAGGGUGGUGGCACUAGUCAUCAGGAGUCAGUUACAGGUUCUGCUGCCGUUCAAAAUCAAACUGGCACAGCUAGAAAUACCGAAACGCAGGAGGCAUCAAGAGUAGGUAAUGAUGAUGGAGUGUUCUUCUCCAGUUUAGUUCGCGAGCUUAUGCCAUUUUUAUCUCAGCGCACAACUGUACCAGGUGGCUCUGCUAGCAACGAUGGUUCUACUGCACAAACUGCAAGCCAUCACCUCAAUGACUCGAGUAGUUCCCAACAUCAUCGUGACCCACCUGAGGCCCCUAGUCCAAAACGCCCAAGGAGGAACAGUGAGUGAUUGCACCGUAUGCAUAUUCCAUUGGUCAUUCUAUAGAUGUGAAUAGCAGGCCACCUUGUGAUUUUCUGUGAAAUGGUCGUCAUGUUUUUAUGAUGCAUCAAUGCAGGAGGAUAGUUCCUUUUUCAGGCAGGUGAUGCCAUCGGAUAUUAGUUCAUAAAUGACUAGUGAGAGCAAAUGGGAAUGACAGCCCUUUAUAUGAUAUGUUUACUGAUAAUUAAAAGACUGUAAUGUUAUUUAUUGCCGCCCCUUCCGUUUUCAUUCAUAAUAGAUGCUCCUAGUACCAUAUUGUGCCUUUAAAAGAGAAUCUUUACAUUGAUGACCAUGUAUAUUCAUUUCUUUUACAUGGAAGAAGUCAGUUAUUGAUGCCAUCU